AUGGAUCGUAGCAGAAAUCGAGAAAAGACAAUUGCAGAUAGCAUUGCCCGUUCCGCGAGCCGUGGCAUUGAACAUCAGCCACCAGGAGCAGCAGCCGCUCCUCAAGCUGGGCGUGGCAUUGAACAUCAGCCACCAGGAGCAGCAGCCGCUCCUCCAGCCGGGCGUGGCAUUCCACAUCAGCCACUAGGAGCAGCAGCCGCUCCUCAAGCCGGGCGUGGCAUUGAACAUCAGCCGCUCCUCCAGCCGGGCGUGGCAUUCCACAUCAGCCACCAGGAGCAGCAGCCGCUCCUCCAGCCGGGCGUGGCAUUCCACAUCAGCCACCAGGAGCAGCAGCCGCUCCUCCAGCCGGGCGUGGCAUUCCACAUCAGCCACCAGGAGCAGCAGCCGCUCCUCAAGCCGGGCGUGGCAUUCCACAUCAGCCACCAGGAGCAGCAGCCGCUCCUCCAGCCGGGCGUGGCAUUCCACAUCAGCCACCAGGAGCAGCAGCCGCUCCUCCAGCCGGGCGUGGCAUUCCACAUCAGCCACCAGGAGCAGCAGCCGCUCCUCCAGCCGGGCGUGGCAUUCCACAUCAGCCACCAGAAGCAGAGGCCGCUCCUCAAGCCGGGCCUGGCAUUCAACAUCAGCCACCGGCAGUAG